CCUCCAACUCUUCUUACAAAACGAAGGGAAAAGAUUCUGUAAAAUUGAGGCGCCCCUUGUUGGCUUGUCCACAGCAACCUCCAUCUCACUUGCUGUCUUACUCCGCACCCGCAGCCGGCUCUGGUCGAACUUGGUUAGAUGGCCGGAAAAUCAACUUCGACGCCGGAAACAUACUCGCCGUCUCUGACCGGUCACAGGAGGAAAAGGCCUCCCGUAAUCACCGGCUCGGAUUGGGUCCGACCUGACGGUCGCAGCCUCCACCAGUGCCGCCCUGCCUUUCUGAGGACUGGGGCAGUGAAUUCUGCAUCAGGGUCUGCUUACGCAGAGUUUGGAAACACUAAGGUCAUUGUAUCUGUAUUUGGUCCUAGGGAAAGUAAGAAAGCAAUGAUGUAUAGUGACACAGGGCGGUUAAAUUGUAAUGUUAGUUAUACAGCUUUUUCCACUCCAGUUCGGGGGCAGGCUCCUGAAACUAAGGACCUUUCCUCGAUGCUCCACAAGGCGCUGGAAGGUGCCAUUAUACUGAAAUCUUUUCCUAAGACGACUGUUGAUGUAUUUGCUUUGGUAUUGGAAUCCGGAGGAAGCGAUCUCCCAGUGAUCACGACAUGUGCCAGUCUUGCUCUAGCAGAUGCUGGGAUCAUGUUAUAUGACAUUAUUACCUCUGUGUCAGUGUCAUGUCUCUCGCAUAAUAUUCUAAUCGACCCUGUUUCGGAAGAAGAAAGUUACCAGGAUGGGAGUCUGAUGAUAACUUGCAUGCCAUCACGUAAUGAGGUCACACAGAUGAAUGUCACAGGAGAGUGGUCAACGCCAAAGAUAAAUGAGGCAAUGCAGUUAUGCCUGGAUGCUUGUUCCAAGUUAGGGAAGAUCAUUAGGUCUUGUCUAAAAGAAGCUGCUUUUGCUUCACAUGAUUAGGUGGCCUCCUUAGUAUAGAACCUUUUUGCAAUCACCGAGAAAUAUUUUUUUUUUUGUUUAAAUUGUUCUCCAUAAUUUUGCUUCUUGUGUCUCAACUUUGCAGUAGACAAAUCUUGACUCCGGUUUAGGCUUGUUAUUUUUCGUUCACAUAUAUGUAUCACUGCCGAACUAUUUAUUUUGGUUGGGAAAAAUCUUACAAUUUUCCUUGAUACAUACAUAAAACUGUUCACACAAUUGAACUGUAUUGUGGGGCUCUUAGAAUGAUUAGCUUGUUAUCUUUACAAUUAUUUAGUACUUCAAAAUAAUGUUUUCCCCUGGGUAUUGGUAAUUCUUUAAUAUAAUUAAGAAUAUUUC